UCCCAGCCCCGGAAGAGGCCGGCGCCGCUGCGGGCUGAGCUGCGCUGCGCUGCGCGGGGCAGGCGGCGGCGGCGGCGGCGGUGCGGGGACGCGAGCCCGGCCCCCGGCGGGAAGCGGUUGGCGCCUCGGCCGGCACCAGGAUGGUUUUAGUUCUUCUCCAGAGAAAGGCAUCCUGAUAAAAGGACAUGGGCCAUCCUUUAACUGAUUUCUCAGCUGGACAUUGGAAAUAGCUUUUGAUGGUCCUGGGCUUCUUUCAUUUGACCCAGGAAACAGCUGAGACAUAUGCCCUAAAACUUCAAAAAGAAGAGAGAGUGAGAAAAAAUCAAGCCGAGAGCAUUGAUCUAGAGCUCUAGAAGCAAAACUAAAAAUAUGCCUUCAUGAAAACGUGCCUACAAAAGGUGACCCUUCUUGUUUUGGCUUUAAGGUGUCUGGUCGUCUGCGGCAUCCUCCAGCUUACCAGGGCUACCUGUCCCAGGGCGGGUUUCCAGCUUCAACACUACAGGUAAAAAGAUGGCUUAUCACAAAGUAAAUGCAGACCAGAGACCACAGGGGCCCUCUCAGUACCUUGACAGUGAUGACCUUCAGGCUACUGCCCUGGAGCUGGAAUGGGACAUGGAAAAGGAACUGGAGGAGCCUGGCUUUGACCACUUCCGACUGGAUGGCACAGCCCAGCACCAUUUGGGAAUCUCCCAGAAUCCUGAUCUUGACCUUGAGCCCAUUCAGCCCUCAGCCUCUCCUAAAGGAAGAUUUCAGCGACUUCAGGAAGACCCGGACUAUGUCUCGCAUUAUACAAGACCGGCAUCAAAGAGCAACCGCUGCAAUUCUUGUCAGAUACUUAAACUUUUCUGCACUGUUUUGACUUUAUUUAUUUUUGGACUUGUGGUAGGGUAUUAUGCACACAAAAAAUGCCCUCCUUCCCCUGCAACUGCAGAACCAAAUGAUCCUCACCCCUAUGGUGAAAUCCUCAAGGAAAUCAAAGCUGAAAAUAUUCAACAGAUUUUCAGAGAUUUGACACAGUUGCCUAGAAAAGAAGAUACAGACAUUGCAGUGCAACUUCUGGUUCACUGGACUUCUCGUGGCCUCGAAGAUGUUCAGCUAGUAAAUUACUCUGUCUUGCUUGAUGUACCGGGCUCUUCUUCAAAUACAGUGACUCUGAAAAAAAGUGGCGAAUGCUUUUAUCCUAGUGGACUGCAGUGUAACACAGACACCAGAAAGCCUCGCAGCCAAGACCUCCUGUAUUCAUAUGCUGCUUAUUCUGCCAAAGGAACUCUUGAGGCAGAACUCGUUGACGUGCAGUAUGGGACUGUUGAAGAUUUGGUCCAGAUUCGUGUCAUUACAAAUGUGACUAAUAAAAUUGCACUUCUGAAGCUCGGACAAUCACCGCUGCUCUAUAAGCUCUCUCUGUUGGAAGAGGCAGGCUUUGGUGGCGUUCUUCUCUACAUUGAUCCUUGUGAUUUACCAAAGACUCAAAAUCUUAGCGAUAAAGCAUUUAUGGUUUCCCUGAACAAUGGAGGAGACCCAUCAACGCCUGGCUAUCCCAGUAUCGAUGGAAGCUACAGACAGAAGCGAUCAAACCUCACAAGACUGUUAGUGCAACCAAUUUCUGCAAUGCUAGUCAAAAAGCUUACUUCUUUACCUGAGGAGCACGGCAACAAUGAUAGGUGUAUCCCUCUUCAACUGACUACAACAGAAAAGACUGUAAUCACUCUGAAUAUUCAGACAGUCACAACAUACAAGACCAUUUCUAAUGUUAUUGGGUAUUUAAAGGGAUCUGCACUUUCUGACAGAUAUGUCAUAGUUGGUAGCCACCACAAUAGUUUAUACAGUUACAGUGGACAUGGAUGGGCCCAAAGUACUGCCAUCAUCACAGCCUUUAUACAAGCCUUGAUGAUAAAGGUUAAGAAAGGGUGGAGGCCUGACCGAACCAUUGUUUUCUGCUCAUGGGGAGGAACGUCAUUUGGCAACAUUGGCUCAUAUGAAUGGGCAGAGGAGCUCAAGAAUGUUCUCCAGAGAAACGUUGUUGCUUAUGUUAGUCUCCAUAACCCAGUGAGAGGCAACUCAACUUUGUACCCUGUGGCAUCACCGUCUCUUCAGGAGCUGGCAGCAGAGAGCCAGAGCUUCAACUGUCUGGGAAAGGCAAAAUGCCCAGCAUCCAAUGUGAGUUCUGUGCAGAUGCAGGGGGAUUCUGAUUAUUUCAUCAACUAUCUUGGGAUCCCUACUGUGCAGUUUUCAUAUGAGGACAUCAAGACAUUAGAGGGUCCAGGCUUUCUCUCUGAAGCUCUUUUUCCAACACAUACACCAGUAACUGAAGAGAUGGAUCCUUCCUUCAGCCUUCAUGAGAUCAUUGCUAAGCUAACGGGAGAGGUGACUUUGCAAAUUGCCAAUGAACCAGUUCUGCCCUUUAAUGCCCUGGACAUUGCAUUAGAAGUUCAGAACAGCCUUAAAGGUGACCAGUUAGAUACUCAUCAGUUAUUGGCACUGGCUUCCAGUCUGAGGGACAGUGCAGAAUUGUUCCAGUCAGAUGAGAUGCGUCCAGCUAAUGAUCCCAAGGAGAGAGCGCCCAUCCGAGUCAGAAUGCUUAAUGAUGUGUUGCAGAGCCUGGAGAAAAACUUCUUAGUUCAACAAGCACCUCCAGGAUUUUACAGAAACAUUCUUUAUAGGCUGGAUGAAAGGACGAGCCAAUUUUCAGUACUGCUAGAGGCGCUGGCACACUGCAAGCUACAUCAGUCAAAUGAGACCCUUCAAGCAGCCUUGUCAAAGGUGUUGAACAGCAUCAAUUCAGCUCAGGUUUACUUCAAAGCAGGACUUGAUGUGUUUGAGACUGCUUUAGCUGGAAAGAAAUGAGAAGUCUUAGCCGUCUAAGAAGUUUGUUUACAAUUUGCUACGCAAAAGUUCGACUCGGACCAGAAUUUCUGAGGGUGAAACUUUUUCAACCGCUUUUUUCCAAUUGGUGUUUAAAAGUACUACAACAUAUGUUUUUAUGAAUAUAAAACAGUCUUUUGCACUGUUCAAAAAUCUAUCCCGAACAUCUUUGUGAAUGCAUAAAACAUAGUUGGGGGGGGGGAGGGACACUUACGAAUUGACUUUUACAAGUAAAUCUGCUGUAUUUUUAUAUAUAGAAUAUAUAUUUUUAUGACCAAGGGCUCAAACCUGCAAAAUGCCAAGCACCUCCUGCAAAGCGCGAAGGUCCUGCUUUUUCCAGAGACGUGGAACACCAACCGGUUUUAAUCCACGUGAGUUCUAAACAUCUGAUACCUCAGAAAAAUUGUAACCCAAAGUUGUUCAACUCUAUUGACUCCCCAUUUAGUCCUCCAAGGUCCUCAUUUGUUAGCUUUCUCAACAAACUCCUCACCUCUCGUCGUCCCCCACUGCCUGGGGAGAGAAGGUCAAAGGAUCUGGGUUCUUUCCAUUUCUUUCAAGGCCUAUACUGCUGAGCAGCGGGUGCUCAAGACAUCUUGCAGGGCAGAGCUCAACAUCCUGAGACAAUCCUUACUCCUGUGGACAAGGCACAUAGUAGGAAUGUUGUUUGAGUUUUGGAAAUCUUAGUAAUCUUUGAUCACUCUGUUUCUGCACCAGAAAGAGAGACUUGACUAAGAGAUCAAUUUAAUUUCAAUGAGAACUGGUUGCAUUAUUUCAGUGCUUUGAAGAACUGCGAUUAUUUAGAUCAGUCCAUGCAGUUAAUUGGAAACAUUUUGAAUGUUUAUAAGUUUGUGAAACAAAGUGCCUACUCUCACAGAGCUAGAUGUAGCACUACACUGGUUAUGGCCCACCUAUUUAAAGGCACACAUUAACUUUUGUGGCCCUGUUAUAUUGCCAGAAUGGGAGAAAGGCUGCAUAGGGUAAACGAGAAGCAGAAUCAUCAACAUCUAAAAGGUCUAGAGAAAUCCUUGAGCUAGAAGGUUCAAUAAUCCAACAGCAGGACCCAGAUUGUGGGCAUCCGAACUGUAACUGCAGUAUUACUAGCCAUGCAAGAAAAGCCUCCCUACCAAAGCACUUCAAAGAAUCAUCAGGGACUUUCUUGAUUAAACAUAUCUCUCAGCUGAAUCCUAAAGAUAUUUUUCAUUAACAAAAAGUUCUGUUUGUGGGUGACAGUCGUUCUGUUACCAUUGCGUGGCAUGGAGCAAUCAAUGUUAGGAUGGGGCACAGUUUUUACUUCCCUGUGAUGGUGGGGUGAAUGUACAUACACAUGAGGCAACUGAUUUUGCAUAUGUGUAAAGGGGUUAAAGUUUUUCAGGUUUAGGACUCUAAAUCCAUAGAUGAUUAAUUCAAGUAAUGAACAUGGAAGCAGGCUGGAAUGCUAUUUUAAGAGUGGUUUAUGUUGGGAAUUAGAGCUGAAAGUUAAAAAUGAACAGGUUCCACCGAAGUGUGGAACAUCAUGAAAAUGUAAUAACACUUUUCAAAGUGCAUAGUCACAAAGGGAAAACUGGGAGUUUUUCACACCUGAGUUUUUAUUUUCCUCCUACAUGUUGAUUUUGAAAAAUAUACCUCAAAUAGUUCCAGGGAUCUGGUAUAUAGUGCAGGUGACUAUGCUUCUUCAGCAUAUCAUCAUCACACAUUAGUAUGCAGGAAAAAAAAUAUUUUCAUUCUUCCACUGUUACCGAAUGGUUCUAGCAUAGGGGAAGUUACAUCCCAAAAUGAAAAUAAAUAAUUUGAUUUAUUAGACCUACCCUUAAUGAAAUGGUGUGGCAAAAUUUUCUCUGACGUUGUAUUUAUGUUUUCUAUAGUGUUUAUCAGCAUAGUGUCUAACACCAUUUAAGAUGUACAUGAUGUGUUUCUUAUGGUAUGUAAUAAUCUACUGUAUGCACUAGACUAAUAUUGUAUUUCCUAAUAAGGAUCAAUAUCCCCACUGUAAGGUUAACAACACUUCUUUCCCAGGUUACUGCUCUCCACGGAGUCAUGAUCUUACCACUUCGCUGGUAAACAGUUAGACUCCACUAAAGGGACUUAAAUAGAGGCCACACCUACUGGCAAAUGUUACUUUUCCUGACAAGAUUUGCUUUCUGGGUCUGAAAUGUAAAAUCCCCUAUAUCUUCCCUUAAUCCAAUCUCAGUAUUAUUUCCGGUAAUGUAUUUGCUGAAGCCUGGUGGGAAGACUUUUCCCUGUAUUUUACCACUUCAUCAUUUCUGACCAACCUUUCUCUCCCCUUGCUGACUAAUCUCAUCCUAACAAUGACAGAGCAUCAUGGGUGUCUACACACAAGCCCUGAGCAAUGUGGGUGUCUAUACACAAGGAGUGAGGCUGCUCCGAUGUGCUGUAAUUACAAUGCAUUGGAGCAGACUCGAUUAAUUGAGUCUGCUGGCAUGUGGUAAUUACCACGCACCGACAGACUCCAAUGUCUUGUGUGUCAGCAUCCCUGCGGUUAAAAAUGGUGGCAGGGGUGCUGUAUCUAAGGGUGCAGACACAAGUGCAGCUUCCAGCUGUAACUCAGAACAAUUUUUGCUGCAUUACAAUGUUACCCCAGACCAAACAGAAGUUCACUGUUGGUUCCCGGGGAGAGGGGAAUCUAGCUGGGCUGCAACCAGGUUCCCAUAGCAGUGGCCAGGCUCUCUGCCCGUGCUUGCUGUUUUCAGAAUGGGAGAGGAGAAAGGCAGCAAAGGGAGAUCAUCCUUGGGGCUCUCCAGAAUGGUGGGGUGGGUGAAUUGGACCCCCCCCCCACCUCGGGAUGCUGCAAUACAGGUGCCCCACCAUCCAGUGGGGGCUAAACCCCACCCCCCGACUGAACUUCCUCUGCUCCCUUUCCCUCCCUCCCAUUCUGAAAACAGUGGCAAGCUGGGAGCCCCGCAGGCACAAGUUACAAAAGAUGCUACAUUUUGUAACAUCUUUAUCUGAUAUCUUACGCAAUAAGGGGUCAAUUUUCACUCAAUCAGUCAUUUUUUAAGCUGUUUGCAGCCAUGCACUUGUGUUUGGUCACAGCUAUAAACUGUUUUCUGUGGCCAUAUCAGGUGAAAAUGGUCGUUUCCAUCUGCAGUUUAAAGCUCAUUCAACAAGCUUUAGAUAAAGCGCCCCCCUCUGCCAUUUUUAAGCAUGGAGACACUGAUACACAAGACGCUCUGGGUGCUUUAAUUAGAGCAGCUCUCAGAGCCAUUCUAAUUAAAGUGCCCCCUCUCACCACCCACAGGAGCAUGUGCAUUAAUGCCCCUUGAUAGUAUGCAUCUGUCCAGAAGCAAUCCUCUGCACUUGUAUGUAGUGGGCUCUUUGGAUCGUAUUUUUGAAGGUAUCUAGAGGCCUUGCUUCCACUGAUUUACAUGGGACAAAGGCAUUUUAAAUGCCUUUAAAAAUCUGUCCCUUUAAUACAAGUUUUCUUUUACUUUGUGUGUGAAGUGGAUGCUUAUGGAUAAUUUUUGCACUGUCUUAGCUUUGUAAAAGCACUCUGGGUCACAUUCUGCCAUUGAUUUUUGUAUCCAAGCCUGUUGACUUCAAGGGAUCAAUAGCAAGAUAAGGCACCAAGUAUCUAGUGAAUUUCUAAUACAGAAUCUUCUCUCAGCCAGUUGUAUAACAUCAGAUAGGGAGAAGUGUUGUAAAUUGUAAUAGCUUACCCAGACUGAAUUAUUUCUCUUAUGAGGCUGAAAUACAUGUAAUGCCUCUAAAAAGAGAGUAUGUUUGCAAAGUGCUGGAAGGACAGUAAAAAUCUGUCAUGUUUUCUUUAGCAACAACUACCAAAGAUAGCAUAACAAAUACAUUAAUUGGUGAAUAAUCUAGUGUUACACUCACUGUGACCAGAAACUCCUUACAGCUUACAAUGUUUGUGCAUGGAGACAGUCCAUAAUAAAAAGCAAACGUGAUUUUAUUAGUGUAUAUUUUAGUGAAUCCAUAAAGAAACUACAAUAUAAUCAAGUUUGAUGAAUAAUAAGUACAUAGGAGCUGAAAAUUGAACACUAACUUUACAACAGGCCGUGAAUUAUUUUUACCAUCCAAGGAAAACAAGUCUUUUUUGCUGUACGGUAUCUAUGUACAAACACACAUACCUUAAACACAUCUUCAGAGCAUUGAAAAGAUACUAGUUUAUCAUUAUGUAUGAAGCAUACACAUAUACAUUGCACAGAGGUGGAAGUGAUAGCCAUGUAAUACAAUGCAGAAUGAAUUUACCCUGCCCUUCUGAUUGCUUCACCUCCCUUUUUCCAGCUCUUUGUGUUGUACUUAGAUCAAGAGACAUAUAAGAAGAACAUUUAGUGACCUCACCCACUAUAGCAAUGCAUAGAGAAAGAAUCAAUUUCUCAGAUAGUUAUUUUUUCCUUGGGGGGGGUCCCCUCCCACUCUUCUCCCCCACCAUUUCUCUAUGGUUGCCUUCGUUUUUUCCUAUUUCAACUAAGUUUACUGCAUGCAUGCAAAGGAUACUCAUCAUUAUAAAUAUAAUUAAAUGAGUCUUAGUCUGAAUGAAAGGGUCUGGAGCACAUACACAUGAAAUAGGUAUGGAGCACAUGCACCUAAAUACCUGGGAAUGAAGAGCCUGUAUUUGUUGAAAAGACAUGCUUUACCACUUAUGGGCUUAGCCCCUUUUUAUUACUUACUAUAAGGACUAAUAUAUUCAUUCCUUUCAUUGCCUGUUCAGUCCCUGGUUACAACCAGAAGGAUGUUCAUUACACUUAUAUUCUAAGCCUAGAGAUACACAUAGAGAAGACAGUGUGCACUAGAAAGGGUAUAAUGCCUGUGUAUUUGCACGUGUGUACACACUUUCAAAUGCACAUACAGUUGAACAUCUCACACAGUAUAUUUCUAGCCAAACUUCCAAGUUUCAGGAAAUUCUAUGGCUUGUGUUAGACAGAUCAAACUAUAUAAUCCUAUGGGUCCUUUUGACCCUUAAAAUCUGUUAUAUGUUCUAUAUGCGGUUAGGGUUAAGUUUAAGUAGGUUGCUUUUUUUCCCCAUAUGAGCACUCAAGAGACAGGACUAUCUUGAAUGCCUUGUACUUGGAGUCCUGUAUCCUUGGACAGCUAGAAGGAUGCAACUCCACAGAAUAUUAAGGAUAGUCUUUUAGGGCCCAGGUCUCUGAUGUAGAAGAUGGGAGCUCUUUAACUCCCUCAGCUGGGCUUUGAGUUGCUCAGUAUCUCUCAGCAUCAAGCCUUGAGAGGUAUUUACACCAAAGACUUGGUAUGAUUUUUGUAGUUUUGCAUGGGGACUCUGGCACAGGCAAGGGUGAAAUCAAGUUCCCUGUGACACCAUGGGCAAAAACAAAGGUACUAAAGGCAGGUCUUCUUUACCACAAAGCCCUGAUUCAUCCCCAGAGUGGGUCCAUUCUGUGCACUGUACUAUUUGAGGUAGGUUCUUCUGGAAUAAAUAAUACAUGGUCAUAAAAAAAACUUCAUCAUAUUUCAAAACACUAUAAGAACAAGUUAACUUUCCUGGGCAGCCUCGAUUCUGGCACUUCCUCACUUUACAAUGUUUAAAAAGCAACCUUAAUGAUAAUCUUGUAAUAUAGGUUUGUGUGAGUCCUCAGUAGAGUUUGUGCCUUGGCAGAUGUCUGCCACUUGAGGUGAAUGAAUAAUUAAGUUGUCAUCCUGUAUGUGGACUAGCAGUGGAGAAGGACUAGAUACGCUCUUUGUGAGUUUCAAAGGUUUGCUGACAGCAGAGGAGUCAUGGGCUUUGGAAAUCUUAGGUCCCAUUCCAGGCUUUGAACAGAUGUGUACAGUUUGCAGCAAGUACAGGUACUUCCAGCCCAUCCCCUCCAACUUGUCCAUGUCCCGUUCCUGUCUCUUCCUUGGUCUCUUCUUUAAUUGCUUUGUCCAUGUAUGCCCAGUUUUUCUACACUCUUUCUGAUUGUCCAAUCUGCCUCUUUUUCCACUCUCCACUCCACUAAUAUUUAAUUUUUAUCUCCCCUUGGUUCUCUGUCUAAGUUCAUACACAAUGCACAGUUCUUUCAGUCUCUUCCUCCAUGUUCCUCAGUCUCGGUCUCUGCUCUCCACCAAGAUACAGUUUCAUUGCCCAGCCCUCUCCAUGUCUCUGUCUCACUCUAAUUCCCCAUCCUAGUUCCCUCUACCUCCAACUCCUCUCCUUGUCCCAACUCUAUGUGCCUUUUCCUUUCCCUAGGUCUGGAUCUUAUUCCCUUUGCAUUUGUACCAGGCAGCUCCCUUUUCCUCCAUUCUGCUUGGGUCCAGCAGAGAGACAUUGUGAGCAGGGUCCACGCUCUCACACCCUGGUAGCAUGUCUAGUGGCCAACAGCUGCAGUCCUGCUCAGCACCAGCUUGUAGCACAGCAAGUUCAGACAGGAUGUGUGGGGACCUUGGUAAAGUCAAGGGAGUGCAAACUAUGGGUUUUUUUACCAAGGCUUAUCAUGGAUUUCAACACAGAAAGUGCAAAGUAUGUCCCUGCCACAAAGGCCACCUCCCUCCCGAAUUUUAAAUGUUUGCUUCCAAGCAUGGAAGGGUUAAUCUUCUCAGAAGAAACCAUUGCCAGAGUUUCUUUUAGAAUGGGCCAAAUAAAGUACUUUUUCCUCACCUCUCAUUUCACAGUGACUGAACAAUUACUUUCGGCUGAAAGCUUGAAAAUCAAAAAAAAAAAAAAAAGCCUAACGAAGGCUGCCCAGCAUGGAUUUUUGCAGAUCAAACAGCUGCAGCUUGGCAACAUUACAAGCAACUGAAAACAGGGUCUCAUAAUGUGUCAGGGAAAUUUAAUAAUAGGUAAUACUACCAGCCCUACCUAUGGUAACUCUUAUGGAUGACUGACUUUCUUUACCCUCAGGUCAGGUAACAAGAUGGCAUCUUCUCAGUAGAACAGAUUAUUUAAAUGUGUUUCAGUUAAAUCUUCACCUAGUGAAAAGAAAUAAUUCUGAAUGAUUUUUUACGUUAAAGUGAGUGGGCAUCAGUAAAUGCUCUCUGAAUAUAAGUAUUACUGACACAUGAAUGCAGGUAACUUGUGGCUCUGCCCUACCUUUUGCCUAAUUUUAGAUUAAACUCUUUUUAUUAACAAAUUAGGCAGCAUUUCAUGCGAGUAAGCUGGGAAGAAUAUGACCAUUCAUGGUCAUAAGUGAUGACAUUUUUCAAGAGGGGUUUUUUUUUUUUUUUGGUAAUAAUUUACAUUCUGCUUUAUUUCAUGUCUCCAGUUUAUGGUACAAAAUUAUUUUGGUCACUACCGCAUAAACCCACAGGGUAAAGUAUCAAUGUCUGGUAUGAAUACAUGUGCUGUAAUUUAGUAUGAUCAUAAUGCUUAUGAAUAUGCUGUAAUAUAUUAAUGUAAAUUAUUUUAGGAACUGCAUGUAUUGAGAUCAGAACAGAGGCAUAAUUUAAGCAAUAUAAUUAGAGCACAGAUGUUGAACAGAAUAUUUUUUCAUGUGUAAAUACAGUAUAUGCUUAUUACUCUCUCACUUUGGGAACAAAGAGUUCUGUUUAAGCUAUUUUUCUUUGAUUUAUUUCCCAAGAAGUCUUUAAAAAUGAAAUAAGAUUCUAUUCUUUGUAUUUCCUUUAAGUGCUUUUUGCCUUUAAUGUUUUGAAGUUAUGUCACACCAUGUUUGGAACACUUUAAUGUGGUGUAUAAGAUCAUUAUCCUGUAUUAUUUGAUAGGUAGAACUCAGAAUGGGAUUGUUUGGAGUCACUUUCUUUGAAGGAGAUCCUUUACUGACUCCUUAGAGUAUUUGAUGUAAUGUGCUUGGGUGUCUGGCUUUACUAUGUCUUUAUUAUAGACUCGUUAUAGGUACGCAUGAUGAUGUUCUGAAGCUCUAAACAAAGAGAGCUGAAUAUGGUCUUGUAAUAGUAUUCCAAAGGCCUAAUAAAUCUGUCCCAUUUGGAGAGAGCUGUAGGAAGGUCUGUUUAUUUUUGCAUAAUUCAUUCAGCUUUGGUUCUGGAUUCUGUAAGAGCACCAACACAUUUGCAACCUUGAAAAUAUUAGCACUGGGAACACUGGUAGAAUGAAUUGAGUUAACUGGUGACAAAACGUAACUUUUUAUAUGAUUUUUUUAUUGUUGUUGUUGUUCCUACACUAUUGAUUUUCUGUAAUCUUCCUGGAAACUAUAGAAAAUUGCAAUGUUCUUCUUGCAGUAAUUGUAUAGAUUUUUUCAUGUUUAUUUCUAAGUUGAUGUUUAAUGUUACUUUUUCGGUUUCUUAUUUAGCUUUCUUGUCCUUCCAUUUAAACUAAAGGAUGUGAAAAAUGUAUACAUGACCAUACCAUAUAAACCAGUAGUAUUGAGAGCAAGUCAGACUGGACUGGCAAUUCAACUUAUCCUCAGAUACAGCUUCAGUAACUAGAAAGACGACAUACCAUAUUUACUCAAAUCCAAGAUGAGGUGUCUCCCCUCCCCUCUCCUUCCCCCCUCCCCCCAUAUUCAGCAUGGGGAAACAUGCUCCUUGUCUUGGGUUCAAGCACAAGGUUGUUGUUGGGGUGGGGGGAGCGAGUUCAGGUGGCUGCUGUGGCUCCAGCUCUGGCUCAGGGCUGCCACCCCAUCUGCCCCCCUGCCACCUGCCCCCCCAUCUCUGCCCCACACUGCCUCCCCCCUGCUGCUUCUGCCCCUCCCCUCCACUGCCACUUACCUCUGGCUCCUGCUUGGCCCAGCAACAGCAGUACUGGCAGCUCUGGUCUCAUCCCCAGCCCCAGUUCCAACUCUGACUCCAACCUGGUCCUGGAACCAGUGGAAGUAUGCCACUGCUGGUGCCACUGCUGCCUAUCAGGCAGAGGCCAGAGCUAGUGUGUGGUCUGUGCUCCAAGUUAGAGUGGAUUCAGGGCUGGAGCCAGAACCAUAACUUACAGUAAGUGGUGGUGGGUGUGGGGGGAGGCAGCUAGGGGGUGCCAAGCAGGGGCCAAGUGGCAAGGAAAGGUAGGUGGCAUGGAAAGUAGCAGGGGAGGGUGGGUACUGCAGGGUGCAAGCACCAGAGUGGAACAGGUACAGGGGGAGCAGGGAAAUGCAGAUGGCAGAAGGCAAAGUGCAGGUGGGCAAGGGACAGGUACAUCAGGCCAUCUACCCCCUGCUGCUGCUCAUUCCCUUUUCACUGUUUUCCUGUUGCAAUGAUAUGCGGGAUGAAUUUCAGAAUACCCUCCAAUAAUUAGAUUUUAAAUAUGGAAAACAUUGACAAAUGUAUAAAUUUUCCAUGUCUAGAAUCUAAAAGGGGGUCAUCUUAAAAUUGAAAUAAUCUUGGAGUCAAGCUAAUACAGUAGCUAGUCAUCCAUGAAUUCCUCCAGCCUGGGAGUGUGCAUGGGUAAGGUAGAGAUGUCAUAGGGUGGGCACACAUACAGUUGGAGCUACUUCAACAGAGCUGCAGUUAUUACAUUUUAAUUGUUAAGUGUGGAGCCAGGAACAACACACAUGUAGCAAAACUGCUCCAGCUUUAACACUGUUUCAUCCAGUCCAGUUUGGCUACAUUUGUAUCAUUCCAGGCUCAUCCACACAUAACAAUUACAGUGUAGCAGCUGCUGCCUCUUUGGUGUGUUCGCCAUUUGAAAUGGCUCCAAACAUAUAUGUGUCUGUACCCAUAGCAAGCUUUUGUGAUGCUCCCUAGUAUAAAUAGCAUGUUACUGUUGGGUUUGAAUUGUCAUUGUAUUCUUAUGUUUCGCUCCUGCUAUCACCUGAGUGUCCUAAUCAGCUGGUAUCUUGAUGUCGCUCUAAAAAUACUGAGAAAUGGUUCAGGGUAGAGUUGAGGAACUAUAUACUGAGUCUGUUAAAGGGGUAAACAGUUGAGUUAAUGGCCCCAGCCCAGGCCCAGGCCAGGAAGACCCUAUUAAAAUAUAUCAGGUGCUGUGUAUGGAAGAACAAUACGUAGCAUCCAACAUGAGAUAAUUGCAGAAAGAGGAGCCCAUGUUUUUCCUUGUGCACUGGGCCCCUCAAGUCUAAUGCUGGGUCUGGCUAUAUAUGCUGCUUUGUAGCCUAACCCUCAAAAAAUCAAGACAUCACUGUUUUCCAAUGUUUUCAAAGCUUGCCAGAACUUUCUCUGUUUUCAAAACCUGAUACUGUGCACUGUUUGAGGCCUUUCAAUUAAUAAACUAGAGCACUUAUUCUGUAUCUACCUUCAUUUCAUGGUCUCAGCAAUGAAAACAUCUUCUAGUCUAUGAAGCCACUUAGAGAAGAAAUAAGGAGAUGCUUAAUAUUUCAUGUUUAACGCAGAUAAGAUUAAAACAAAAGCUCUUUUGUUUUCCAUUUGCAGUUUACGGAUGUUAAUAGGCAACAUAUUCUUAUCUUGUAUAUUAUGAUUUGGUAUUCUAAGAUAAAUGGAAAAUGAAUGUAAUUCCAUAUCCAGUGAAAGCAUAAUGAAUUCAGGGAACCGUGUGCAUGAAACUAUCUUAACCAUUUGUGCACAGUGAAAAAAGAUAUUCCGACCAGAUAGUUUGUUAAAUAUUAGCACAAAUACGGGAAGUACUAUGGCUUUGCCUAAGGUACAGAAUUUUAAAAUCAUACUUGUACCUAACUGCAUUGUAAUGUGUGUCAUUAGUCAGUAGUCAUAGCAUUGUCGUGUCCCCUUGGGAUUAAUUCAAGUGCUGUGUCAUCAGUACUACUGUUCCUAUUGAGAGUAUGCCCUAUAGCCACAUACAGAGUUUAUUUGAUCAAAUGGAGUAUGCAAUUAAUUCACUUUUCAUAUGCUAUAAAAAGCAGCUGUCAGUUUAUUAUCUAUGUCCAGGUUUGACAUAGGGUAGUAGCAACACAAUGAAUUUAUGCCUCUUUCAUUCCAUCUACUUAUACAUUUUCCAACGGUAAACUAGACUUAACAUACAAAAUAUACUAGGCACUGCAAAUGAUAUCUAGUCAGUUGAGGAGAAGAUUAAAUAACCAGGAUUUUGACCAUGUAGGGCUAUAGAUUUGAUACAGUGAUUCCUGGGAACCAAUAAAUAUCAUAUUAUGUGGAAAUGUGCAAUGAAAGGUUGAUUUUAUAAAACAUUAAAGGGUAUAGAGUCCAGAGAUAACAGCUUCUUUCCAGGAAAUAGUUUACUUUUUAUGAAUUUGUAUUUUUAUAACAUAGUGUAAUAAAAAGAUAACGGUGAUGAUUAAUGUAACUAGAUUCUACAUACUUUGAUUAAGAAGCACAUUGUACUUGUUUUGUACCAUAGCUAUAAUUUUUACAGUAUAUAUCAGUGUCUAUGCAGAAAUACACUGUGAACUGGAAUACAAUAACAGCCCUUGUGUGAAAGUCAUGGUAAUUGUGAAUUAGUCCUUAUUUUUUCCCAAAUUGUAUUGUUUUUAAAGAUUAAACUGGAAUAUGAAAAUUUGCAUAUAAUGUAUAUUGCACUGAAUGAUUUGGAAUUCUUCUCAUUUGCUUUUAUUUGUCAUCAGCUCUGCCAAUGAAAUGUGUCAUAUGCCUCUCAAACUGCUGGUUCAAAAGAGUUUUAAGAGAUUAAUUACAAGUUUUACAUACAGGUAAACCCAGAUUAUUCCAGCUCCCCACCAGCUUGUUGAGGAAAGAUCCACUGCAUUCAAAUAACAGGAGCUUUAGGUAGUUCCAGAUAUAUAGAUAUGUAUGUAGGUAUGGUUUUCAGAGCCUGGAAAGUAAGAAUUUUCAGAAGCGCUUAAUGAAUUUGCUAGCCUGUUUUCUUAGGUGUCUGACUUCCAAUAUUUAAAUAUCCCUCAAUGUUCAGAAAAUUCAGUACACCUGUGCUCUGAAAGUUCUUUGUGUGGUACCUCAAGUAGGUAAAACAACUACCAGGUCAUUUGGAAACACUUGCUCAAGGUAUCUAACUAUCAGAUCAUUUGACAUCCAGAUAACCCAGGUUUGUCUGUGAUCCAAAUGUCUUAACGCUGCAAAAAAUAUUACUUAUAGCCUCAGGAAAAUGUGAGUUCCGUGUCUAUAAUUUAUAGAUUUUUGCAUGAAAAGGUGCAGUUUUCCAGCACUUGUGAAGCACUUGAGAGGUGUAAUGAAAUAAUCUCAUUGUGAAAUGAAUGUUUAUUUCUAAAUGUUUAAUUUCCACGCUAUAGUGUUUUAUUUCCAAACUGCUCUCCUUUUCACCAGAUUAAAAAUAAUAAUAAAAUUGA